AUGGUCAAAAACUUUAUCUACCUACCUUUGAAAGAGGUUGGAAAAUACUUGUAUUACAAAUUUAGACCACUAAGUUUUCUUUAAAAUCAAUAUGGCGAUGGAAAAAUCAUAAUUACAGGCCCUACCUAAGGUAUUGGUCCAGCUUAUUGUGAGGCUUUAAUUAGAGCUGGCUACACAGAUUUUCUAUUAAUUGAUGAAGACCAGACAAAAUUAGAUACUCUAGAAACUAAACUCAAAGCUUAUUAUGAGGAUAAUGUGCUCAAACACAAAAAGCAUCUAAUUGGAGAAGAUGAGGGCCACACCAAUUAGUUAAAGCUUCAAAUGUUCUUAUUUGAUUUUGAUGAAUCUUAUGACCAAGACAGGUUUAAAGCUCUUGAAAAGAUUAUGAUUGAUAUUACAGAGAAUACAGAUCUUAAGAUAUCCAUGCUGGUGAAUAACUUUGCUAAAGUAAAGAAGGGAUCUUAUGAAAGUUUGGAUUACAAAGAUAUUUCAGAGAUGAUCAAUGGAAACAUCAAUGCCAUCACUUAUAUGACAAAGUUUGUAUUGACGAAAAUGAAUCAUCAAGAGCCUAAGUGUGCUAUCAUUAAUGUUGGUUCUGCUACUGCAUCUAAGGUUAGAGCUAAUGGUAGAUUUAACAUGAAAGAAUACUAAGUUUAUUAAGCAACUUAAACAUACCAGCUUGCCUUCACAAACCUGUUACAUUCUGAGUACGGCGAUGUCAUUGACUUCCUUAACGAUUUACCUUGCACAUUUAACAUGGCAAAGGAUGAUAUUGAUAAUAUGGGAUUGAAUGUUAAACCAGCAGAACAUGUUGAAGCUGUUUUGAAAACUCUUGGCAAAGAAACAACUUCAAAUGGCACACUAAGUCACACUUUCUUAUUUUAUCUCAUGAAAAAAUCACCUAUCCCUAUUUUCAAGUUCUUUAGCUGA